GCCGCUCGUAUCCAGUUCACCGCCGUGAAUUAAGUUCGAGGCGAUAGAUGAUCUGCCAUGCAUAGGCAGAAUGGCAUGACAACGUGAUGUCGUAAAAUCAAUACCAUCAGCAAAAUCCCGUCAGAGGAGGAACGAAUCGAGUCACAUAAUAUCAUCCAACUCCCCCGAAUCCUUUGCUCAAUUGGUCAAAAUAGAUGCUAUCAUGGUUUGCUUCAUGAUUCUCUAUAAUCUUCGUACCCUAGACUGAGUUUGCCUCCCAAAACCUCUCGAUUAUUUACUGACUACCGAGUUCAUGACUGAAGUUUUCAUAGACAAGCAUCAUCCUGUGAGCGUUGUAUGCUGGAGUUGGGUGUCGGAAACUUGGCUAUGAUGUUGUUCUCAAAAUCUGAGUUCUUAUGGAUGGGUAGUUUAUACUAAACUAUCAUACAGCAAUCUCCCCAGCGCGUGUAAGGGCUUACGCCUUGACUGAGAGAGGAAAACUGAAGAUCUUCGUCCGAAGCAAUAACAUUAUUUAGGUAAAUCUAGCCUAAGCCGAGGGUUCUCUUUGCCAAAUUUAUUUUAGCAUUCUCAUUCCAAGUCUCGAGUUUUCUUGCCCUCAAGGCUUAUGUACCAAGCAAAACUGCAAGCUGCAUCCCAAAGAGUCUUGUACAAGCACGUACCCUGGCAUUGUUCACAACGCAACUCGAUCUUCUCACCAACAAUCUUUGCAUUAAACCACUCCACAAUCUCGAUCUUGUCCCGAACAACCUUUGCGCCUCGAAGGACAUCACUUCGAAUCAAAGCCUCAGCCGCCCACCAAAGUCCAGCAGACACAAGAUUCCGCGCGAUGCACUGUCGCGAGCCAUCCCCGAAGUAGAAGCUGUCACGCAACAUCUCCUGAGACGGAUUCAGCCACCGCUCUGGCAUAAACUGGUGUGGCUCUGGAAAGACUUCGGGAUUAUGGUGCAGCAUGAAUGCGCCGGCACCGACGCUGGUACCAGCUGGAAUGUUGGGGAGACGGGAACCUGCAUUCCACCAGGGGGGACAAUACGAGGAAAGCGAUUGGGAUUAGCCAUGGAGAGGCGUAGACUUUCUUUGACGACUCUUGUGAGAUAUGGCAGGGAUUGGGCGUCGAGUUCAGUGUUUUCGAUAACUUCCUUGUAAAUGCGGUCGUAUCUUGAAGCAAAGUUAGACAUACUCGGCGGAUAAUGGGGUAUUACUUCUUGGGAAGCUGAGCCAAGUUCCAACAAAGUGGUGACUUGACGAACUUCUUGAAUGGAAUCUUCCAGCUACAGUCAGAGCGCAACGUUAACAUUCUAGCGACAUCGCGACCGAAUAUUGCCGGUAUCAGGCGUUACUUCAAUAAUGGCAUGUAAUUGAAGAUUAGCGCCCGGGAGGAAGACGGAACGCAAUGCCUGAGAUGACGAGCUGUAUCGCGAGCAAGCCAGCUCUCCUGAUGCAGGUUGUUGGAGUAAUUGUCAAAGCUGUCGAUGGGAUGUAAGUUGUGGCCGCCAGUCCGCUGGCCAAACUUCCAUGCUCACCAGCCAGUUUCCUCCUCGCACGACUUCAUCUUGAUUCGCUGCGCGAUAAGGUGGGGCGAAAGGAAGUCCUCAUAGCACUCGCGUCGAAGGGUGUAAUCUUCCCGAGCUUGAAGACAUGUUGUCUUAUUGCGAAGGGCUUGUUGUUGUCGACGAGAAAAGAAACAUCGUCAGCGUCGUACACUAUACGACCCAAGAAUACCUUGACCAAGUGAGACAUAAGUGGCUUCCUAACUCCGCAAAGAGGUUGCUCUUAGCUCUCUUGCUUACCUUUCAUAUGACGACUUUCCCGAGGGUGCCGGCCAGAGCGGCAGUGCGUUCGAGCAUCGCUUGCAUAAGUAUAUACUACUAGACUACUGUGCUAAGAACUGGACCGACCAUGUGCCCGAUGUCCUCGAUGAAGAAGUCGAUGAAGCAGCUCUUGAGUUUCUUGAAGACGAUCAGAGAAUCGCUAAUGCGGCACAGGUGCGAGUGGUGACGGGCUACCAUUUCCAACGCUACAGUGUCAAGGCGCCCAUCAAGAUUGGUGCUGUUCACAUCGUGGCACAAUUUGGGCUUCCUAACAUUGUGUCCCAAUUGCUUGACGGUGGCGUAGAGGCAAAUGUCAAGGAUGACUUGGGCAGCACGCCGCUGAAUACUUGUGGUCGUAUUUUGUGUGGCAAACUCCGUAUCUCGAAAGUAUGUCACAAACAUAGAUGGUGACAAGUAUCCUUUGGGCAUGGAAACAUGCCAAACCUUGAUACCACAUCGCCUCCUCUAAGCUUAAGGUUGUGCUAUAACAAGAUUCAGACCAACCCAAGGAAGAAGCUGCCCAGCCCUAACUUGAUUAAACCCUAUAACAAGAGCUUGAAUAUUGAAAUGACUUUCUCUAAGCCGUAUUUAUGAUGGCUACCGACCCACCCUGCAGACAUUCCAGUCAAACUCCGCAUCGCACAUGAUACCGUUUGAAUCUCUCACCAUGGCACCACGGAUUUCUCAAAGCCUGAGAGCCCUUGCAAGCCCUAAAAGAGGUACCCGCUGGGCGACAAAAUAUAGCUCUCAGCCCAAGUCACCAUCGAGUCUCAGCUCAUCCUCCUGGCCCAAGACGGCAUCGAUCAGACUCUAUGAGAAACUGAAGAGAUGUAAAGAGCUGCAACGAAAAUACGAGGAACAACGAGAUAUCAUGGAGGAAUCGAAUGCAAAGGGUCAAAAUCACUCAUUGGAGAGCAUUGAACUUUGUAUAACUCUCACGAAGUGGCUUCGCAAACAAGUGCAGGAAGACUAUGAUAAACUGCCUUUGCCUGUUCGGAGACUGCUGGAAUUUCGCCGGGUUACUGGGGAGUAUGCUUCCCGGUGGUUUGGAACAAGGAGUGAGGAGUGAGGACAGGGUGUUCGACGAGUGUUCCUAUUUUCUGCUCAUGACAUUUCCUACAUGACGGUCAGUAAUAUUAAGUUGAAGAAAGCUUUGGGGUUUCCUACUCCACCACACGCC